UGGUGUAGGUUUAACCACUGAGCUCAACAGAGGUAAGAUCAAAAGAAGAUGCAUUGCGGUAGCUUGUACCAUACUGACCAGGCACAGCUGAUAACUGCUUGUCUGAUUUAGUUUACUUUAUCUAGUUACUAUAUCUUGUCAUCUGAUGUACACACGAGAAUAGGUUGUCAAAUUGAGAAUACAAGACCUGUGCUAAAUUAAAAUCCCAGUAGAUAUCAAUCACACAGAUUGUAUUAGGUAAGCACAGCACAAGAUUCAGUUCAGAGACUUAAGGGUAUAUACAUGUCCUAAGAGACAUUUUAGUUCAAUUAAAUGCUAUUUCAGGGAGAGUGUAUUUAGCAAUAUGCAGAAUCAGAAAAAAUUGCUGCCUUUAUAAUGCACACAAGAAACAACACCUUUAUAAUGUAUGUACAUUUGCACACCCUGAUUAAAUCUGGAAGUGAUAAUUACCUACUGUCACUGGGAAGAGACAUUUAAAUGCUGAUUUUACUCAACAAAAAUGUGUGUUUGUGUUAUAAAAUCAAAGAUAACCAUUCAUUAAAUGUAAAGGCUAUCAGGUUAUGACACAUUGAAUUGAUAGGUUAUACUAACAUAUGUAAAUAUACAGUAGGAUGUUUAUUUUUGUAAUAUAUGAAUAGGAUUUUGUUUUUAAUAUUCAGUUUAAAAUAUACAGAAAUGUGACGUUCUGACUGUGUCUUUUACGGGUAAAUUAAUUAAUGUGAUGUUCAUGGAACCAGACUGAAUUUCACAGAAGAGUAACUGUACAGGUGUAUUCCCUCAAACCAUGAUCAUUAGGACUGCAGUAUAAACCUGGGCUGCCAUAUUACCUUAAGCACAUCAGCGCAAAUGAUAAGAAGGUAAAACAGUUAAAAAAAAUGACAGUACUACUUUUCAUUAAUAGUAAUGGUUAAUUAAGGGUGAACUUUGUAUCUCACAGUAAUGAGGUAGAACUAAUAGCCUGGCUCUUCAAAGCUUAAGAAGUAAACUGUCUAACCAUGCAACACAACACUGAAAUUCUUCCAAAUCAGUUAUUGUUCUACCCUUAAAACCAUUUUCACUUACAGUCUAUGGCAAGUAGCAGGUAUAGUGAUGUAUAGCUCAUCUGUGAAGUGAUGAUUUAGAAAUAAAUUGAAUUACCUGAAAUGUAUCACACUUUGUGUACUUGUUUUAGAGGGUUUCUAUUGAGAAAUAACUAAAAAGCUGCACAAUACCCAAGGAAGACUUCUGAGUUUAUCAACUGCAUUGUCUGGUGGAUGUGAGUGGUUACUGCAACUAAGUAAAAUUAAUUUGGUAAAAUUAAUGUAUAGAUUAGAUAUAACUAAUAGUCUUUAAAACAUGUUUUAAAUAUAUAAAUAAACUUAAUGUAGGUGCAGGAAUAAUUUACUAUAUUUAUAUAUAGUUUUAUAUGUUUUUUUGUUACUUGAGCAGCACCCUUUUUAUAAAUAUUGUGCCGUAUUUACUUUUAUUUAAGCAUACUGCAACAGCACCAUCCCUUAGGACAGAUACCAGAAGAUGAACGGAAUACUCUGUAACUAUUGGUAACAACAUUGCCAAAUUCAUUGGAUUAACCGUUGAUGUACAAGACCCCCUACAGGCAAAAGAGGAAGCCAGCAAACACUAGAGGAAUCCUCAGCUGACAAAAUGAUGCAGAACAUCCAGAUGAAGGUGAUGAAAACCGAAUCCAGCAGCUGAGCAUUCCCAAGGCAAGUGGAUUUUGACUGGCUUCCAAGUAAGCAGUUGUUUUUAAUUGUGUCAGUACACAGAUAAACUAUACAGCAAUACAGUGUCUCAAAUGAAAACAGGUCUUUAGGUAAUUUAAAAGAGUAUUUACAUGAAACACAAUUCAUUGAUAUAUAAACCUUAUCAUGGUUAAUAUUCAAAUUGUCCAGAUGUGUAUUGUUGAAUAUAUUUACAGCAUACCAUGUGAGUCACAUAUUGUAUCUUUACUAAUAAUGUUGUACCCUUUAAAAUCAUCUUAAGGCUGAUUUAUUAUGCAUUACAGAACACUUUAGAAAGUCUAAUGGUUCACAAUAUGAUUUACAUACAGAAUGUUUUAUAGGCCACAAUAUCCACGCUACUCUUCCAUAUCCAUUCUACUCUUCUUGCUUUCAUCAAAUGUUUUUGUUUAUACUGGCAUGUUACCUCCCCAUAAUGUACUGUUUAGUGUUUUUCUCUGUUUUAAGUAAAAUGAAUUUCACAGAAGAGUAACUGUACAGGUGUAUUCCCUCAAACCAUGAUCAUGAGGACUGCAGUAUAAACCUGGGCUGCCAUAUUACCUUAAGCACAUCAGCGCAAAUGAUAAGAAGGUGGCUUCUGUGAAACGUUUGCAGCAUGUAUCAAAAGUACAGCUUGUGAAACUGGAACCCUGGUAGCAGCUCCUCGGAAUUCAGCACCCUGGAGAGCAGAAACGAACUUUUGAACGUUCUCUCAGAUCAGUAGUUAUAUGAUAAUUACGAGGUUGUAUAGAUAGAUAGAUAGAUAGAUAGAUAGAUAGAUAGAUAGAUAGAUAGAUAGAUUCAAUGAACACACACACACAUCAAUUGACACUACAUUCCCAGUGGGAGGUGUUUUCACUUACCUUCCAGUAUAUAAUUAAUUGAUCUACUGUAAAUGAUUUGCCCUAACCUAUAAAUUAGAUGGCAAAUCUGCUUUCGUACAAUUUGAAUGAAAUAUGGCACACUUGUGUGCAGAACUGAUAUUAGUACUACUAACGCUUUCCCUUAACGAAAUAUGCAGCAUUGAAACGGACCAGUACUCAACCUGUACGGUUCAAGGAAAGUUUGACUCUGCCAGCCUCUUUGAGGAUGGAGAUAUAAUUCUAGGUGGAUUGUUUCCUAUCCACUUCAGAGUAUCUUCUGAUUUUGCUUCGUUUGAGACUGAACCCAAGCCAUCUACAUGCACUGAGUAAGUAAACACAGUAUUUACCGAUUUGCAUACAGAAUAUUUAUUACAGUAACAUUAUUAAACCACAUUUGAUUGUUUAUGCGUGAUUCAAUUGUAGAGUCUGCAAUACUAGAUAUUAAAGAGCAAUUUAAAUAUUGUAAUAGUAUUCUUACACAUGACUACGACUACUACUACUACUACUACUACUACUACUACUACUACUACUACUACUACUACUACUACUAAUACUAAUAAUACUAAUAAUAAUAAUACUAAUAAUAAUAAUGUACUAGUUUCAGCAGACGGGCAUUUCGCUGGGUGCAAGGAAUGAUUUUUGCCAUAAAGGAAAUAAACAAAAGACAAGACUUUCUUCCAAAUGUAACUCUAGGUUACAGAAUUAUGGACAGCUGUGACCAUACUGCUACUUCUCUGAAAAGUGCCCUUAUUCUCGUUAAUGGACACGAUGAAACAACCAGCAAUAAUUACAGCUGUGCUGGAGCGGGGCGCCUCGCCUCCCCAGUCAUCAUUGGAGAUGCUGGAUCAGCUAGAUCUGCAGCUGUCCUGAGAACCAUAGGAGUCUUUAGCGUCCCGUUGGUCAGUUAUUUUUCUUCCUGCAGUUGUCUAAGUGAUAAAAGGGAGUUUCCGACAUUCAUGAGAACUAUUCCAAGUGAUACCUUCCAGAUAAAGGCAAUAGUUAAACUCGUAAAGCAUUUCAAAUGGAACUGGGUUGGGGCAAUUGGUACAAACACCGAUUACGCCCGCUUUGCACUACAGCUUUUCGCUGAAGAAGCCAGCAGACUUAAUGUCUGCCUUGCAUAUACCAAACUCUAUAAUCGUGAAUUUACCGAGGAAAACAUUCUCGAGGUGGUUGACGUCAUAAAAAGAUCUUCUGCCAAAGUGAUUCUGGGUUUUGUGGGUGAAAGCGAACUCAUACCUAUAUUAAACGAACUUAAGCGUCAGAAUAUUACAGACAUACAGUGGAUAACAAGUGAAGCCUGGUCAACAGCAACUGUACUAUGGAGAGAAUACCAGGAAAUGUUAAUUGGGAGUGUUGGGUUUGCAAUCCGCAAGGCAGAAAUCCCUGGUCUUAAAGAAUUUCUGACGAGACUGCGAAUACAAGACGCAUAUAAUUUUCCUUUAACGGCAGAACUGUGGGAAGAGAUUUUUGACUGCACCUUAAAUGGUUCAUUAAAUACUCGCCCGUCAUCGUCAAGAAAUCCCUGCACUGGAUCCGAGAGUCUAGAGAAAGUAAAAGAUACAUAUGUAGAUGUUUCUCAACUAAGAGUCACUUACAAUGUUUACAAAGCAGUGUAUCUUAUUGCCCAUGCACUUCACAGCAUUGGCUCAUGCGUAAACGGCAACAAGAUGUGUGGGGACUUGCAAAACGUAGUUCCAUGGCAGCUUUUGCAUUACAUGAAAGACGUGAGCUUUACUGUGUUGGAAGAGGAAGUGAGCUUUGAUGAAAACGGAGAUCCAAUUGCAUCAUAUGAUCUCGUGAACUGGCAUGCGGGUUCUGAUGGUUCGGUUCAGUUUGUGAAAGUUGGCCAUUAUGACGCAUCUUUGGGCAACGAAAAUGAACUGGUUAUCGACGAUUCGCUCAUUCGUUGGCAUGGACGUCAGCAGAUCCCAAAAUCUGUGUGCAGUGAAAGUUGUUCUCCGGGUUCAAGAAAGGCUCCUAGAAAAGGAGAGCCUAAUUGUUGCUUUGAUUGUAUACCAUGUGCUGAUGGGGAGAUUAGCAAUCAAACAGAUUCUAUAAACUGCAUUACAUGUGCAGUGGAGGAGUGGCCCAAUGAAUCAAAAGACAAAUGCCUCCCAAAAAAUGUAGAGUUCCUGUCCUACCAUGAUGUAAUGGGAAUAACGCUCACUGUGGUUUCAAUAUUUGGAGCCUGUGUUACCGCUGCCAUUGCGGGGGUGUUCCUGGUCUUUAGAAAUACCCCUAUAGUCCGUGCAAACAAUAUGGAACUCAGUUUUCUUUUGUUGCUUUUCCUUGCUUUGUGCUUCCUAUGUGCUCUUGCAUUUAUUGGUGAACCAACAAAUGGGUCUUGCAUGACCCGCCACACAGUGUUUGGAAUCAGUUUUGCUUUAUGUAUCUCUUGCAUUCUUGGAAAAACAGUGGUUGUUCUUAUAGCUUUCAGAGCAACCCUCCCUGGCAGUAAUGUCAUGAAAUGGUUUGGACCCAUCCAGCAAAGAGCAAGUGUUUUCGUCUGCACAGCAGUGCAAAUUGUAAUUUGCAUCAUAUGGCUAACGACCAGCCCUCCAUACACUGUACAAAACACCAGGUACCAAAGUGGCAAGAUAAUCCUGGAAUGUGCAGUUGGGUCUGUCUUUGGGUUCUGGUGUGUGUUGGGUUACAUUGGAUUCUUAGCUUGUAUGUGCUUUGUUAUGGCAUUUUUAGCUAGAAAAUUACCAGACAAUUUCAACGAAGCGAAGUUUAUUACUUUUAGCAUGCUUAUAUUUUUCGCAGUCUGGAUCACAUUUAUCCCGGCUUAUGUAAGCACUCCAGGAAAGUACACAGUAGCCGUUGAAGUCUUUGCUAUUCUAGCAUCUGCGUUUGGGCUGCUUUUGUGUAUAUUUGCACCCAAAUGUUAUAUCAUCUUGUUAAAACCUGAGAAAAAUACUAAGAAACAUUUGAUGGAUAGAGGCAAACAAAAUACUAAGUAGUAGAGGGUGAAAACAAGAGGUCUUGGUACAGUGUUGUGUUGUUUUUAUUUGAUCUGUAUCACUUAUAAUUCAUACACUUUCCUUAAAGAACAAGUAUAUAGAAAUAUAUUACUGUAUUGUUGCUUGUAAUAAAGCCAUUUAUUGAUUUCAACACAGACUGUCUAUGUUUC